CGUUAACCCCCCAAAAAAGCUCCGUGACCUGACGCAAAUCCGUUUUUAGCGAAACCGGAAGUACAAUGGAGUAAAGCCUCUUGCGUCCAACUCGCGACAACAACAACAACUAUGGCUGCCUCCUGCUCGCUGGUGUGUUGCGAGGAGGAGAGUGACUCCGACAAAGCUGUUAUUGUCCGCUUUUCAAACGGCAGCGUCAGAGAUGCCGACAAACUGGAUUUCACGAUGUACAAGAACGCAGACGGGAAGAACCCCAGAAAAAAGAGACAGCGGAUCAUGGCCGCUGAAUCCGACAGACUGGCCUACGUUGGAAAUAACUUCGGAAAUGGGUCCUUGAAAUGCAACAACCUUUGCAAAUACUACGUGGGCGUGCUAAACAGGCAGACAAUGCAAAUGGAGGUGCACGUGGCUCAGCUCUUCAACAUGCAACCUAUCAUACCCGGGGAGGACACGGAGGACCCAAUGAUCCAGGACCCUACCAAGACCUACAAAGACAAGGUUGAAUCUUUGAUCGAGGCGUUCGGCACCAACAAGCAGAAGAGAGCCCUUAACUCCCGCAGGCUGAAUCUGGUGAGCAGCGAGACACUGCAUCAAGCGGUGUCCAAGGCUGCCAACACUGUGAUCAACCAGAAGGGCCUGGAAGCUCUCCAACAGGAAGUUGCUGAGACAGAGGCCCAGGAAGACCUGGCUCUCCACCUGCCCCCCUGCAAUGCAGCCGCCGACAGACCUGAGAACGUCUACUUAUUUGACGACAUCCUGAGUCCGGUGGAGUUUGAGGCUUUGGAGCAGGCUGGCUCCAAGAUGGCAACACUCACCUCUGAGGAGAUGAAGAAGAUGAGAGAUGACGGAGGGUCCUUGUGUGUGUUGAAGCACCUGGAGAACAUGGCGACUGUGGGUGAAGCCAGAGACCGAGUGUCGCGCUGCGCCUUUUACCUGUCGAUACUUCUCAAGCUGGCACGGCAGAAAUACAUCACCAACAAGUUUGGGCAGGAUGAAGGCUGCCCUCGCAUCAUUCAGAGCAAACUGCUCAGGACCUUCACCGUGGAGACUUUCAACAACGGCAGGGUUCAGAACAUAGUGUCGAUGUCAAUGCGUGCCAAAUUAGCAGCGUACUCCCUCACCCUGCUGCUGCAUAUGAGUUACAUGACUGCCGACCUCACGUUGCUGCACCGCGACCUGGGAAUCACAGAGGCCAGGAUGACGGAAAUAGCAAAGUCAAUGGGACUGACUCUAAUGAAACUGGCCCGGGGGAAGGCCAACACGGAUGGGCUGCAAGACACAAACCGGCAGGCCUCUCUGGUCCUUCCUCUGGUCAAAUACAAAGUGUUCUCGGAGAGGCGGAAGCGGAAGAAAAUGCUCUGAAAUGUCACAAAUGAGAACUGUUUAUUAAUGCGUUUUGUAGACAAAUAAAGUGGUGAACGUU